AUGGCGGCUUUACGGGCUUUUAGAGAAGGAGCUCGCAGGAAGAUUGGUAAUGGGUUAAACACGACUGUAUGGCGGACACCUUGGCUUCCAAGUCUAGAUGAUGGUUGUGUGACUACGCAUAUGCCGGAUCAUCUUUGUGAUAUAACAGUGAGCAAUCUGAUGGUUACAGGAGAGCAAAGAUGGGAUAUUGAUGUGUUGAAUGAUAUUUGUGAUAAUAAAGACGUGGAGCUAAUAAAACGUAUUCCACUUCCACUCUCAGAUAAAGUGGACUCAUGGUUUUGGAUUCUUAAAGGGGGAAGGGAAGUUUACUACGCGGAGUUGUUAUCGGUGGUUUCAAGGAGAGGUUGUUUACCUACUAUUCAAGCUCUGGCGUUCAAGCAUGUUAAUAUUGAUGCUCGAUGCCCUUGGUGUCACAAUGGAGUGGAGACUGAUACCCAUGUGUUGUUCUCGUGUGAUUUUAUGAGGGCCUUUGAUAUUUGCACAAAAGAUCAGUGUGUGUUUAUUGGCAUGUUGUGUUGGAGUAUCUGGCAUCGACGGAACAAGUGGGUGUGGGAGAAAGUAAAUGGAUCAGCCUUUAGUGUGAGGGCUGCUGCCACAAAUUUGCUCUGA